GACACUUCAACAUAACUGCACCUUGCAAUGAAGGCGAAUGGGUCACUUGGCAGCAAGGACUGGGACUCCAUCACACCCUCUCCACCCUCCUUUAAUGGUCGCAAUGGUAUUCGCGACUUGGAAGAAGGCAAAGGAUACGUGUUGAGAGUCCCCCGAGGCCAGGGCGCAGGAGAUUUUCGUCGACGAGGGUACUCCGAGGGCCCGAUGAGUCGCGUGUAUUCCUUGGCAACUCCUCUGGUUGCUAUGCCACCUCCAAGACCGAAGAUGGACAGGAAUCUCGUCUCUGACAAGUGCGUAGCGAUGGCCAAGCGUACACAAGAAGCGAUGUUCGACGCCUACGAGCUUGAUGACGAGAUGAAGGACAUGACGUUGUGGGUACAUGCACGCGUAGUACCGCUAAAAUGGCGUCGUCAGGUGCUGACCCACUUGGAGCCAAUCUAUUGCCAGAUGAGGUUCUGCCGCGAAGAGCUGGUGCGAGGUUGGAAGCUGCUGCAUCCGCCGUUCUACCAGCCCAAUUUGGACUCGUUCGAUCGCCGGCUGGGCUUCUUUGUGCGAUCUGUGCAACUGCUGACAUCAGCGAUUGAGGAAUGCAAGACCAAAUUAUUGAGAGCCGAAGCUCUCGCAGCAUGUAGGUACAUCCAGCUCUGGACGCGUAGGCUGCUUGCAAAGCGAGGAUUCUACACGAAAGUGAUCAAGCUAUCGUAUCACCACCGAGGCAUUGUAUCAGGAAUGUUUGACUCGAUCACAGGCACCUCCAAGCUGACUGCUCGUCGACCUGAUCAAACCAUCACACUCGAGUACCCACGAUCAGACAAGAACUGGGACAGCUUCAGCUCGUAGGCAUACCGUCUUGUAAUGCCGUGUACAGGUUUUAACAGCUCUCCCAAGCUAAUAGCUCUAAAGUAACAUGACGACACCAACUCAAACGUAUACCUUCGCAACACUGCGCAAUAUAUAUUUUUCGUUGUGACUUUAUUCUGAUC